CUGUGUGGUCCUCCUGGCUCUGCAAAAAGCCUUUACUCGCAAACACUCGUUGAAGAAUUUCCUAGUUUCUUUGGAUUAGGUGUCUCUCAUACAACUAGACCCCAGGGCUCUAGGGAAAGUCACGGCAGAGACUAUUACUUCAUUAAUGAAGCAACAUUUGAAAGAGCACUGGAAACAGGCGAGUUCAUGCAGGUAGCAACAAUUGGCGGAUAUAGAUACGGACUAACAAUGGCCGCCAUUGAACAAGUUGCACAGCUAGGGCUAGCAUGUGUCACUCAUAUGACACUGGAGGGUGUUUUGACUCUGAAGAGGAGCCAUUUUGAACCCCGCUACAUAUUAACACUACCUCUUAACAGUCAUAUACAUGAGCAAAGGCUGAGAGAUAAAGAUCAUUUAACGGAAGAUGAUGUCCAGCAAUCACUGAAUGAUGUGAGGCUGUACCAGCAGUUUCAUCAGGACAGAGCGGGCUUCUUUGAUGCUACUAUCAACUCUGAUGAUAUACAAGAAGGAUACAACAUGCUCCAGAGCAUUGUGAUGGCUUAUGGUGACAUAUCGCCAGAGACACCACUGACCCUCUCUCUCUCUGCCUCUCGCCCAACGACGCAGCACACAUCAACCACAUUCAGCAUAUUGUCUGACAACCAGGAAGGAGUAUUGUCACUGGAUACACCUCUUGGUCCUCCCCCUCCUCACUUUAUCCCUCCUUCCAGCAGUGCUCCGAUAACUGUUACUGCUCUCCUUCCUCGACCUUGGUCCAGGCCUUCUAGCUCUGGGUCUAUAGCUAUGGGCACUCCACAGAAUCCUACCAAAGUAAAGAAAUCUGCUUCUGAUCAAGGCACUGACCUAAAGCCAAAGCAAAGCUUCCAUUCUGUAGCCAUCAAGGCACAAAUAUCUGCAAGUUGAAAAGCUACAUGUACAUCAAUAUUUUGACAGAUGCAUACAUGUACAUGUAUAAUUGUAUUCAUUUUAAUAGUUAGUUAAUUAAUUAAUAAUGAUUA